AUGGAGAGAGUCCACGAAGAAGAAGAUGAAGGUAGUGGUGAUGAUGAUGAGGGAAGAGCGACUUUCAUCUAUAAUGUUGGAGAUAUACCAAGUCGAGCUCUUAAGUUCCGCUUUGAAAAAUUGAGAGAGUCCAAGAAGAAGAAGAUAGAGGUGAUGGUGAUGAUGAUGAUGAUGAGGGAUUUUCGAGUGAUUUUCCUUUAUCAUGUUGAAGGCAUACCAAGUCGAGCUCCUAAGGAAAGAGUCCACAAAGAAGAAGAUGGAGGUGGUGGUGAUGAUGAUGAGGGAUUUUCGGAGUGA